AUGGAUAAAAGGAAAGUGGUUUCUGGUGCGAAAGACACUCUUAUUGAAGAAAUAACAACCCAAUUAUCUAUUGCUGAUAAAAAAGAGCAAGAGGAGAAUAAUUUGUGCAAUUCUUCAAUUGAAAUAUCAAUUGCAUGUUUUAGAAAGAAGCUUAUUGUUCUUGAUAUUAAUGGUCUUCUUGCUGAUAUUGUUUCUUCACCUCCAAAGCAUGUUAAACCAGAUGCAAUCAUAGGCUAUAAAGCAUUAUUCAAGAGGCCUUUUUAUCUUGAGUUUCUUAACUUCUGCUUUGAGAGAUUUGAAGUUGCUGUGUGGUCUUCAAGAUUGAAGAGAAAUGUUGAUAAUGUCAUUGAUCAUUUGCUGGGAGACCUGAAACAAAAGUUGGUUUUCUGUUGGGAUCUGUCACAUUGUACUGAAACAAGUUUCAAAACUCUUGAAAACAAGCACAAGCCACUUGUUUUUAAGGAUUUAAGGAAAAUUUGGGAAAACUAUGAUCCUAAUGUUCCUUUGGAGAAGGGAUAUUACAAUGAAUCAAACACAUUGCUUUUGGAUGAUUCUCCCUACAAGGCACUGCUUAAUCAUCCAUACAACUCUAUCUUUCCUCAUACAUACAGUUAUAAGAAUCAGAAUGACAAUUCACUAGCGGUGGGAGGGGAUCUGCGACGAUAUUUGGAAGGAUUAGCAAGUACUGAAAAUAUGAUGAAGUAUGUAGAGGAGCAUCCAUUUGGGCAAGAACGUAUCACUGAAACAGAUGAAUCUUGGGAUUUUUACCUUAAUGUUAUCAACAGUGUGUCUGUUUGUUAA